AACGGAGUCACCAUUAAAUUUCGAAAAGUCUUAAUCAAUAGCUUUUGGUUGAGUAGAUAAGCAAAGAGCCCCAGCAGCCAGGCUCAAAAAACUCCCAUUCCAGGCUGAAAUCUUCUUCUGUUUCACUUUACCUCACUCUGUUUCAUGAUGUGUUACUUCGACCAGGUUGUCUGGGCUUGCGGCAAUUGGAAGUGGGGCAGGUUUCGCCAACAAUGCAACAAAGAGUACCGCAUUGGAGAGACCUGCGGAUUGAAGCUCGUGUAUGGGCGGCAAGACGAAGCAAAAAAAUGCAAAGUAUGCGAUCAAGUGACGAAGAAGGAAAACCGGAUUAGAAGGACGACCGAAAGAAUGGCUCGGCUUCGUGAAUGGAAGCAUUUGGCCAGCCUUGAAAGAUGUGAAGAAGAGGUGGCUUCCCUGAGGGAUGAAAUUUUGAGACUGCGCGAGCAACACAGCACAGACAUGUGUGGAGGAGCCGCCUUCCGCCUCGAGUCCGGAAGUCCAUUCGAGCCCCAUGCCAGCAUUGGCGGUCCAUUCUCUUGCCCGUCGAUUCCCGUCAGCCUGUCUGAAACGCAAGAUGACCUACCAUCACCUAUGCUCUUCGAAAUCUAUGCAGCCAGGCGUCAGACGCGGCCAAAAGACAACAGCAAUCAUCUAUCACGUCUCCAAAAACCUCAGCUGGAGUCAAAAAGCGCAGAAAACUUUUGGCUUAAACUUCCUCGUCAGUCAAUGGUUGGCUCAACGCACUGCGCAGCCGCUGGUAAUGGCUAUUUUACCAAGUUCAAGGAGAGGAGGAGAGCGGGGGACUGUAACGGACCCAGGGACAAGGCUGGAGAUGCCGAUGUGAUGUCUUGUUGAGCGAAUACGGCGCUGUUAUACUUUCGAUUAGUCACGAGAAAUGUACCUUGCAUCGCUCAUGUGGCCUUCGGAUUACUGCUAAGCUGUGCUUCAAUAAUUACCAAGUGGAGGUUUACGAUCUAAGGUACAGGCGUAC